UUUCGUUCAAGUGAACAACUUAAUCCAAAAUUAAACACCUAAAAUGAGUUUUUCUUAUACAAAAUUGCCUUAUUAUGGGCCAUGAUAGCCACAGUGUUUAAAUGAAUAGGUCGGUAAAUCGAACAACCCAAUAUUCAAUAUGGAGACUGAAGUAGAUUUUAUUGACAGCAGAAAAGCUAGUGUUAUUAGUGAUGUUAAGUCGCUCUCAAGACGAGUGUCAGAGCUGGAUCCUGCGACAUUCGAGGAGGCCAUUGCCGAAACCAAAUUUGGAAAAUUCAAUUUGUUGCUCUUCGUAUUGGCUAUACCAGCGAGUUUAUGUACGGUAUUUGAUACGUCGACUAUGUCAUAUACGUUUGUGGCUGCUCAAUGUGAUUUAGAACUCUCUUUAGAUGAUAAGGGCUUAUUAAAUGCAGUAACGUAUGCAGGUAUGAUCUCUAGUGCAAUAAUUUGGGGAUUUCUAUUUGAUGUCCUUGGAAGAAAAAAACUUUUAGUAAUCGGCUUCCUUGUCGACUCCAUAUUUGUUUUCACAAGUGCCUUGACACAAAAUAUUGCUUUACUACUAGUCACCAAAUAUUUACAAGGCUUUAUCAUUAAUGGACCAUUCGCAGCUCUAAGUUCAUAUAUGUCCGAAUUCCAUAGCGCCAAAUACAGGCCCAUGUGUCAAAUUAUUAUUGGUUCGUGUAAUAGUUUUGGAACAGCGUUCCUUCCACUGAUAGCCUGGUUGAUUUUACCGUAUAAAAUUGACUUCUUUGUUGGGGACUACAGUUUUCAUUCUUGGAAUAUCUUCUUACUUGUAAGCGGUUUACCAGCAUUCACCAGCGGUCUAUUCUACAUGUUUUUACCUGAAAGUCCUAAGUUUCUCAUGACAUGCGGACAAAACGAGAAAGCUUUGGAAGUGCUGAGGAGAGUCUACAGCAUCAACACAGGAGAACCAAGAAGCUCUUAUCCUAUCAAAAUGCUCAUCGACGAGACUAAACUGAACGGAAAUAACAAACAUGGAGGGAAAGUAACUGCUCAAAGAAGCACAACUCAGGCCUUGAAAGAAGGAUUGCAGCAGAUUAAACCGUUGUUCUAUCCGCCUCAUCUAGCGAAAGUUUGUCUUACUUGUAGCAUCAUGUUCUUUAGCGUAAUGAGGUAA